CUUCCCUCUUCUCCUCUCCUGUUCUCUUCUCGUCUCUUCUUUCUCUCUUUUUCCCUGUUAAUCGCAGGGUGAAAGGUAAACCAGAUUGCCUGUUUUUGUAAAUUCCGUGGGUGGAAGGUUUGCUGAAGUCUUGCGCAGCAAGUACGUCCUAGAUCCCCGGGGCUAGAAAUCAAAGUCGCCUUCGCUGACAGAAGGAGCAGCAGGAGGAUACCAGGACACUCCUUGGCUGGAAAUGGAGCCAGUGGCCUUUGAGGAUGUGACUGUGAAGUUCACCCGGGAGGAGUGGGCUCUGCUGGAUCCAUCCCAGAAGCAGCUGUACAAAGAUGUGAUGCAGGAAACCUUGAGGAACCUGGCUUCUCUAGGAAACAAGUUGGUAAACCAGAAGGUUGUAAACGAGUAUGAAAAUCUCUGCAGAAAAUUAAGCAGUCAACUGGUAGAGAAAUUCCAUGACUAUAAAGAAAGUCUUCAGUGUCCAGAAAUCCUCAGCUGUAUUCCAGAUCCUUCUGUGAACCUGAAAUCUUGUCCAGGACUUGCCACAUGUGAAAAGCGUGUGUGUGGAGAAGGAAGCAUUGGCCGUUCAUCUCUAGGUGUGCCCCUGAACCAUCAGGAAGGACAGAAACCUCGUGGAGGCCAGAGCUAUGGACAGAAGUUGUAUAAACAUAAGGGGUUUGAAGGCAGCUCCAGUUCUCCUCUUUCCCUUCAGACACAUAAAAGUGCUCACACUGGAGAGAAACUUUCUAAAAAUAAGGAGUGCAAAGAAGACCUUCUUUGUCUCCGAUCUGGUCAAAGGAAUGAAGAACAAGCCCAUGCAAAAAUAUCUUACGCUCACAAGCAAUGUGGGAAAGGCAUCUCCCAUCCCCGUACUUUACAAAGGCAUGAGAAGAUUCACAGUGUUAAGCCCUACGUGUGUGAACUGUGUGGGAAAGACUUUGCUCGGUUAGGUAACCUUCUAAGACAUCAGACAACUGACACGGGUGAGCAUCCUCUUCUGCCUAAUCAUUAUGGGAAAACUUUUCCUCGUUCUGCUUGCCUUCGAAGACGUAUGGGAAUUCGCAGUGGUGACAAACCCUAUGUGUGUGAUCAGUGUGGGAAAACUUUCCUUGAUUCCACUUACUUUAGAAUACAUAGAAGGAUUCACACUGGUGUAAAACCGUAUGUCUGUCAACAAUGUGGAAAAGCCUUCACUGCUUCUCGUUACCUUAAAUCACAUGAACUAACUCACACUCGGGAAAAAUCUCAUGUGUGUAAGCAGUGUGGAAAUUCCUUUACAUUUUGGUAUCAAUUCCAGAAGCAUAAAGUAAUUCACAGUGGUGUGAAUCCCUAUGUUUGUAAACAAUGUGGGAAGGGCUUUACCUAUUCCAGUUCCCUAAAAACACAUGAAAGAAUUCACACUGGUCAGAAGCCCUAUGUGUGUGAGCACUGUGGGAAAACCUUUGGUAGUUCUGGUAACCUUAAAAGACACGGAAGUACUCACACUGGGGAGAGACUCUAUGUAUGUAAGCAAUGUGGGAAAUCUUUCAAUAAUCACAGUUCCUUUCAGUUCCAUAAAAGAAUGCAUGCUGGGGAUAACCCCUACAAGUGUAAGCAGUGUGGGAAGGAUUUAGCGUCUUCGUCUUCCCUUCAGAGCCAUGAAAGGAAUCACUCUGGAGAGAAGCCCUUUGUGUGUUUGCAGUGUGGGAAAGGUUUCAGUUCUGACAGUUCUCUUCGAAAACAUAAAAUAAUGCACAGUGAAGAAAAGCCCUAUGUGUGCAAGCAGUGUGGGAAAGCUUUUCGGCGCUUCUUUGAGGUUCGAGUACAUGAGCGAAUCCACAGCAGCGAGAGACCCUAUCAGUGUGAGACGUGUGGUAGAGGCUUUUCCAGUGCGACUCAUUUGCGAAGACAUGCACCAAUUCAUGGCAGAACCAAUAAAGAUGCUUGUAAAUAACAUGAGAAAGUCUUCUCUUGCUUAGCUCUCACAGAAAUCAGACGACAUAAAACAGCUUAUGCUAUCAGUGUGGGAAAAUGCCAAACAGUUUCUAGAGAAGCUAUUCUUUUGAAUCAAUGUGGCUUUAGUUCUAGAAGUUCCCUUCAAAUACACGGACGUAGACACACUGGAGAAAAGCUGCAAGGAACGUGACAAAGUCUUUUGUGUUCUUUUCAUUUUGGAGAACAUCCAAAAUAGUUCACACUGAUAAAAAAAAAAAAAAAAACCUUAUGCACACAAUGUAGACAGCCUUUAGUUCUUAAGGGGCCCUCAAAAGACAUUGUAGUAGUCAUUUUGGAGAGAAACCCUUCAUGUGUAAUGUGGUGGCUUGAAUAAGAAUGUUCCAGACAUGUUUAUGUAUUUGAAUGCUCAAGUACCAGGGAGUGGCACUGUUGGAAAGAAGUAGAUGUAGCCUUGUUGGAGUAGACGUGAACUUUCUAGGGGACGUGUGACACUGGAGGCGGACUCUGAGCUUUCAGAAGCCAGUGCCAGAUCCACUCACUCUUCCUCUGCACCUAUGGUUCAGGGUGCAGCGAUCAGCUACUGCUCAAGCACCAUGGUCCCAACCAUGAUAACAGACUAAGUCUCUGAAACUGUAAGCAAGCCCCCAAUUAAAUGAUUUGUCUGAGAAGUGUUGCCUUUCUCAUGAUGUCUCUUCACAGCAAUAGAAUAGUGACUAAGACAUGGGGAAUCUUACAGAUCUUUCUGUUAUCCUUUUGUAGAAAUGAAAGAACUCACUGAGGGUAGCCUCAGUGAGUCUCCUCUAUCACUUUGGUAGCGUUUGAAAGAAUGUAUUGAGAGAACUCCUGGCAUUGGAAAGCUUGUGGGAAUAUUUCUUGGUUCAACUCAAAAUUUAAAAAAUAGCAAGGUUUGGGAAAUAAGUUCCAUUAAAAGAGAUACGUGAUUUUAAUGUUACAAUCUCA